CCAUCACCGCCAUCGCCGCCACGUCACCGCUAUCGCCGACGAUACUCACAAGAAUCAAAUCGAAGGAUUCGCUCCCAGUGAUUGUGAACCUCAUCUCUAGCUUCUGCAGAGUCCAACCCUCAAGAGUUAAGGAAACCAGGCCACGUUUUCCCACUCAAGUACCGAAAGGGCUGGACACACCGAAGCUUCUAUUGAUCUAGUUAUGCUCGCCGGGUUGCCGCCGGUCUCUGUUAUCUGAGCCAUCGUCGAUCCAGAGGAUGGGUCCAUCGCUUCCUUGGAAAAUCUCAGAAAUUUGACUGCGGCAAGCAACAUACCAAUCGUCUCAAUUACCGAUCUAGAAGGUGACGUGACCCACAUUGUUUAAAUAACUAUAAACAUUACCAUUCUGUAAAUUGACUUACCGUCAAAGGCGCCAUUGUAGGUACCGGAGAAAGAGGGAGAAAUUGGUGGAAAGAACAGCAAUGACAAAACAUGGCAUCUUUAAAGCUUACUGCUAUCGCUCAAAACUAGAUGAGACAGAAUAUAUAGCCCUUGUCAAGAGAAAAAUUGGGAACGGCGAGGACGUACUGGUGAGAGUUCACUCGGAGUGCUUGACGGACGACAUAUUCGGGUCGAGCCAGUGCUACUGCGGGAACCAAUUGGAUCUGGCGAUGCGAUUGAGAGAGGAGCCGGAAGAGGAGUGGUGGUGUACCUACGAGGGCACGAAGGGAGAGGGAUCGGGCUGGGUCACAAGCUUCACAAUCACAGGCAGCGGGUUCUUCAAUUUGAUUCUUGUGAGUAACGUCGACGGUAGCGGUGAUGUGGCGGCGAUGGCAGUGAUGAAGGAGGAGAAAGGAUAGGUCUAGGUGUUUAUAGAGUAAUAGGAAUUAAUUUUAGUUUUAAAAUUUUAAGUUGUAAAAUGACGUGGAAAUUGUAAAUGUUUAAAUUUUAUUAUUUUAAUAUGGCCACAUCACUCAUUUAACGAUCAACUAUAAUAGUUGACUGCCACAUCAGCAAAAACUAACGGAGAGUGACCGAAUUUAAACUGUUGAACUAAUCUUAGUGAUCAUAAAUGAAAUUAAAUAUUUGCA